AUGCGGCAUAGAAACGAGGCGGCGCCGCCGGCAUGGCUCUUCUCGCCGGACACACGGCCGUACGUGCAGCAGGCUUGCAGACCAAUACUUCUCGUGGCUCCUCAGCAGGACGAGAACGGUAAGCUUUGCGGGGUGCGAGACGGCUCGGGCAGUUCGUCGGAAACUCUGGCUCCUGCCAAGGGAGGUGGCUUUGAAGAGCCAACUGGUCCGCAAGCCGCACCUCUCGUGGUAAUCCGGAUGCAGACGGGCAUCUGGAAUCUCGGCCAUCAGCUUGGCCCCAAGUCCAGCUGCAGCAAGCAGAAGCAGCGCACAUGUGAGAGGGUGGGGGAUGACUUCAACUGGCGACUCUGGGGCGUGCGGCGAGCAACAAGCAACAAGCGACGAGCGACGAGCAAGAAGCAGCAAGCAGCAAGUGACGAGCAGCGAGUGACGAGCAGCAAUCGACGAGCAGCAAGCGACGAGCAAAGAUCCCAGAAACAGUACCAGUACCAGUGCAGUCUGCCCAGCUGGGGGCUCCUCGAGUUCCGGCCGGUUACGUUGCGUCGUCUGAUACCGAGCCCGCCAUAG